GCGGAAGUAGUGUGUCAUUCGAUCUCUCACAAUCGAUCUAAACGACAGACAAAGCAACGGAAAGCAAUUUCGACCAUAUAGUUGGGACAGCACGGCUGGCAUCUUACUUGCUCGUCAUCUCAUCUCUUAGUAAGCUAGGCAACUUGUCUCGCAUGAAGCAAUGCGUUUCAUCACGUGCUCGCGCUGUCGCGGAUUUCUGGUCACGUUUGUGACAUCUAUUUCGUUGUGCUUUGCGAGUCCUGCGAUUCCUUCGCUUGUUGAAGAGCCUGUGGAUACAGUGGCUGGUUACAAUGGUGUGGAUGGAUUGAUUCUAUCUGCUACUCUUCGCUGUCAGGGCAACCCUAGAGAGUUAGAGAUUAGUUGGUACAAAGAUGAUCAGGAGAUAAAUAUGGCAGGAAUUCCAUAUUUCAAUGUCAGUGAUGGAUGGCUUACAGUUGGAACUAGAGACAGGAGUGAUGAUCUAGCUGCUUUGGAAGGAUUCUAUUUUUGUACUGUAAGCAACAGUCUGGGAACUGUGAGAAGCAGAAAAGCUCUCAUCAAAGGGGAGAAGGUGAAAGACUUCACUCAUGGCAACACAGGUAGUUACUACGUGAAUGAAAGCGUAGUUUUGUUACAACAUCAUGUCUUGAAGCUGCCUGUUCCUGAACCAUCGAUAUCACACUUAUGGACUGUAACAUGUAAUAGCAAGUCUGUGGAUUGCCCAAGCGUUGAUUGUCCAUUCUGGCAACAUUCUUCUACAUCUAGUCGUCUCCUGGUUUCAUCAGUGUUGCGUUUAAAUUACAAUGAAAUAAAAACACAAAUUACAGGAUGUGACACUAAUUCAUCAAUUGGGAUACAUUCAUUGCAAUCUGAGCGUGUUAGAUUCACCUCUAAUGGUGCGUUUACACUCAGAGCACAUAUCAAGAGUCAGACUGUAUCUGUUGCGGCUGGAAAUAAUGCUACUCUCUAUUGUCUCUCUGGAGAUCCCAACAGCAUAUACACAUGGACUCAUAAUGGUUCUAAUAUAAAUAUCAGCAGUGACAGCAGAUACUCACUUAUUGAAGACGGUGUACUGAAAAUAGUGGGAGUUGUUGAUAAAGACAGCGGACAAUAUGAAUGUCAAUACAAUUUUCCAACGUUUUCAAAUAAUGGCCAAACCAGGAAGACAUCUGCUAAUCUGAUAGUAUAUUCUUUGCCCACAGUUAAAUUGACUGUUACAGAAAGCGACAAGAUGAACAAGAAUGGUAAAAGUUGCAGCAGUGAAAACAGUUUUACUACAGUUUGCGAUCUGGCGUCUUCCAAAUCAGUAAACAUAACCUGUUAUGUACAAGGAUCUACUUCUCUUACAGUCCAACUCAUCAACAAUGGGCAUAUGCUGCAGCAUGAAAGCAACACUAAUUAUGUGCAGCACACAAUUGUCAAGCCGUCAGCAGGAAUAUACCAAUGCAUAGCAAGCAAUGAGUAUGGCAGUCGACAGACUACCAUUUAUGUUUCUCUACCAGAUAUUGCACCUACUGUGUCAUCUUUGUCUUCAUCUUCGUCAUCUUCAUCAUCUCCUUCAUCGUCAUCAUCUUUACUAUCUUCAUAUUCAUCAUCUCCUUCAUCUCCAUCAUCUUUAUCAUCUUCAUAUUCAUCAUCUCCUUCAUCUUCAUCAUCAUCAUCAUCAUCUCCUGUUGUAUCUCCUUCGUCAUCCCAAUCUUCAGUUGUAUCAUCUUCCGCAUCAGUUUCUGUGAACUCUACUUAUAGUCAUGCCAAUACAAGUGAAGGAUCCUCACAAAGACCUAGUACCAACGCCGCUACUUCAACACUUUUAUCUAUUGCUAGUCAAACAGAAAGUAGAACAUCAUCAACACAAACUACUACAAGUUCAAUACCUGUUCCUCAUACAGCUAUCCCACCCACUGCAUUGUCUAAUAAAAGCGACUCAAACAAUGCAGUUAUUGCUGGUGCUGCUGCUGGUGGAGCCAUUUUGUUGUUGCUCGUGUUGUUGAUUAUGUUAGUUUUCUGUCUCAGACAACGAAGGAAAAGAUAUAUUACUGAUACAACAGCAAACGGACAAACACGAAACAGCACUGUAUAUGAAAAUACUGUAUUUACUGACACAACCGGUGGAGUGACCGAACUAAAUCCUUACUACUCUACAAGCAACGACUUCACAUCAUACAUUACAAAUCAGUCAUCAACAGCAUCAAAUCAUACAGAGAAUAGACCAAAUGCUAGCAAGACCAAUGGGCUGGACUCUCGACUAUACAACACUCUCGAUCGAAGUCCAUCACACACAAGUGACAUACCUGUCACUACAGAUGCGGCAUUACUCGAAGGAUACAAUACAGUGAAACGAGACUCGCCCACAGCCACACAGCCAUCACCCAACAUCGACACCGAAAACGAGUAUGCCUACACGACAACACAAGUCGCUCAUCCUCACACGGUAAAGCAAAGCGACGAGUACGUCGAUCCUGCAGACCAACUGUAUCCCCCACAUUCGGCAGAAGUAUUGCCUACUGAUUCAGCAAGUAACGAAGACUUGAACCUGUACACUGAACCUGCAGAUAUCAAGUCAAAGAAAUUGAAGAAGAAGGCAGGAUCAACAAAGAAAGGAACCAUACAAGUAUCACCAUCUAACGAGUAUGCUUAUGCCAAUUCUGAAACUAAGCGGUGGCCCAGUGUGGAACCAGACCACAUCACUGUGGGCGAAUCAGAGGACCAAUACGCGAUCUCUUUGAAAAACACAAUCAAACCGACUCAAAUACCAUCAACAAACGAUUCACCAACAGAAUCCUUGUAUGCAGUUGCAGACACACUCCGGACUAAGAAAUCACCGACGGUUGGUGAUGAGAGUGAGUAUGCCAUACCAGCGGAUGCAAAACUUCCAGAUGAUGGCCCAGACGAGUAUGCCAUACCAGCGGAUGCAAAACUUCCAGACAAUGGCCCAGACGAGUAUGCUAUCACAACCAGUCCUGACAAACCAAGAAAGAAAGAUGUGAGUGAGUCACAGGAAUCGUUGUUGAAACCAGAACAUUAUGAGGCUGGUGGUGAUGUCUACGCUGUCUCAGUCAAGCCAAAGCCCAAGCCUCGACCGAGAAAACCAGCGCUGUCUGAUCGAUCAGCUGUCUCUCGAAACCAUACAGCAGAUGCUCGAAUGCAAGGUGAUUUUAUUGACAGUGCAGCGGUCGACCAGAGUGUACAGUAUGAAAACUUUGGUCACGUGCAAUGAGUAAAGGAGUCAAGUAGAAAGGAGGUUAGACUUUGUAUUGCACAGAUCGCAACUCUAUGUAUGUCGUUGUUGUAUAUUGACACUCACAUUUUAUUCUAUCUGUAUUCUGUUGUACGACGCUGUUCACUGCUUGUGGCAAAGUCGCGCUUGCUUGCAAGUGCAAACAGUUUCUACUGUGUUUGCAUGAGAAUAUGGAAACAUGUUACAUGCAUAUACAAUAUGUGGGCGUCUGCAU